AAGUGCUCAUGUCACCUCUUCUUCCCUGUUCUAGUAAAAAAUUUUGAAAAAAUGAUGCAGUCUUAUCAAGGUGCAUCUAAAGUUCUGUAUGUUGGUAACUUGGACAGGCGCUGCACGGAAGAGUUUUUAAAACAAGUGUUUGGUAAAAUAGCUCCGGUCGAAAGAUGUAAAAUGAUCUAUGAUCACACUGGAAGUGAUCCGUAUUGUUUUGUUGAGUUUGAAGAUCAUGACUCAGCGAGAACUGCUCUAGAAACCAUGAAUGGUCGACGUGUCUUUGAUCAGGACAUAAAGGUGAAUUGGGCGACAAGUAACACUGGAAUGAGAAAAGAUACAAGUAGUCACUUCCAUAUUUUUGUUGGAGAUCUACCUGACCAAAUGACAACUGAUCUUUUAAAGAGCUCCUUUGAAAAAUUUGGAAAGAUAUCAGAUGCUCGAGUUGUGGUGGAUGCAUCAACAGGAAUGUCCAAAGGAUAUGGUUUUGUUUCAUUUUAUAAUAAAAUUAAUGCAGAAAAUGCUAUCAAAGAUAUGAAUGGUAAAACAUUAAAUGGUAAACAGAUUCGUACCAACUGGGCAUCUAGAAAACCCCAACCACCACAAGGUAGCGUAAAAAAACUUGACAUGAAUGAAGUAGUGAACAAAACCAGUGUUUACAAUAAAACUGUCUAUGUUGGAAAUCUCCCUGAUCAAACUUCAUCGGAAAGACUUUCCAAUGUAUUUAAAGGCUAUGGAACUAUAAUGAAUAUACGAGUAUUAGCUGAUAAGGGAUAUGCUUUCAUAACUUUUGAUGAUCAUUAUCGUGCAGCAGAAGCUAUAUGUGGUAUGCAUGGAGAAAAUCUUGAUGGGAAUGUGUUAAAGUGUUCAUGGGGCAAAGAACAAGAUGGUCAAAACAGUAAUAUGCAUUCAUACUUCCAACAACAACAGCAACAACAGCAAUAUUACUACGGACCUUAUUAUCAACAACAACAGCAACAACAUACACAGCAACAGAUGGGAGGACCAUUCAUGCAUAUGCAAACACAACCUGGAUAUUAUUAUCCAAAUCCUUAUGGACACAUGAUGCAAAUGGCUCAUGGAUACCCACAUUCAGGUCCACAUAUGGGUGGCCAAGGUGGACCUGGGAAUGGACAACAAGGUCCUAAUGGGUUACAUAAUGCCGGCCCCCAAGGUGGUGGCAUGGGAUAUUGAGUGUGGAGGCCUGCAGGUUUCAGGCAUAAGUCCAUUCUCUUGCAUAGGAAAUAUGAACAAAAGAAAAUACUUUUGAAAGAAAGAAAAAAAAUGUUGUCGAAAAUGUCUUUUCACCUUAUCCUGAAUGGAUGGGCUGCACAUCAUGUCGUAGGAUUGUCAAGUAUUUGCAUGAAAAAGAUAUUUGUAAAGAUGAAAAAUGCUGUACAAAGUUCCCUGUAAACAUUGUCUCUGUCAUUGUUUUGUGCAACAUAGAGUUAAUUGUCAAAUAAAUAUGUCGGGUCUUGUCA